AUGGAAAACAGCAAAAAUCUAGAUUCUGUAAAACUGAAUUCCCCUGAACUUCCAUCUCUCAUCAGAUAUAUAUCAUCAAAUGAAGUGGCUGGCUUUGAUGAUGUUGAGGAAAAUAGAUUUCUCGAUGGAAGCUGUCAACCAAGUCACCUUCAACCUAUCAGUCCAUCAGCUAAAGGAAUUGAGGCGGCAGCGUUAGAAUGCGCAUUUGAUGGAUCUGAACCCCCGAUUCAUCAAAGGGUGCAUUCUGUUUCUAUUAGCAUGCCACCAUCACCAACUGGAAUUCAUUUAAACAACAGCAAAAAUAUGAUCUUCAGUGAAAUUCCAAAUUCUUCUGCCGCAACUGAAACCGAUGGCACCAAACUGCCCAAAGCCGUAAAAUUUCACUCUCAACCAAUGCCAAAAAGCUCUGCACUUGAGGUGGCAAUUAGCACUGGACAUUUUUCUUAUCAUCCAAGUAUCGAAAGGUUGAAAGAUAAGAGGUUUGAUACUUUCAAAACAUGGUCUGGGAAACUUGAAAGGCAGAUAACACUACUCCGCGGAAAGACACCAAGGGAGACUGAACCAGAGAAUACUAAUCUGCAUCAUGCAGAAGUUGAACGUUUACCUGCAGACCGAUACUUUGAUGCAUUGGAAGGGCCAGAGUUAGAAACCCUUAGGGAUUCAGAGGAAAUACUCCUUCCAGAAGACAAACAAUGGCCAUUUCUUCUCCGGUAUCCUGUUUCUUCAUUUAGCAUCUGCCUCGGUGUUAGCAGCCAAGCUAUUUUGUGGAAGACCCUUCCUACCUCUGCCUCCACGAAAUUCCUCCACUUAAGCUUAAUACCAAAUCUAGUUCUGUGGUGCAUUUCAGUUGCUCUUGUAGCUGUUGUUGCUUGUAUCUACCUUCUAAAAGUGAUCCUUUACUUUGAAGCGGUUCGCCGUGAGUACUACCACCCUGUUCGUGUCAACUUCUUCUUUUCCCCAUGGAUAGCCCUCUUGUUCUUAGCUCUUGGAGUGCCACCUUCAUUUGCUAACAACCUGCAUCCAGCUCUUUGGUACAUCCUCAUGACCCCAAUCUUAUGCCUUGAGCUUAAAAUCUAUGGACAGUGGAUGUCAGGAGGCCAACGUAGGCUUUCAAAGGUAGCCAAUCCUGUUAACCAUCUCGCAAUUGUUGGGAAUUUUGUGGGGGCAUUGCUAGGUGCGUCAAUGGGGCUAAAAGAAGGACCAAUAUUCUUCUUUGCUGUGGGUUUGGCUCACUACAUGGUAUUAUUUGUGACUCUCUACCAGAGGCUUCCAACAAACGAGACUGUAAUCCCAAAGGACCUCCAUCCUGUAUUCUUUCUGUUUGUUGCAGCACCAAGUGUAGCUUCAAUGGCAUGGGGAAGAAUCCAAGGCUCUUUCAAUUACGGUUCACGGAUUUUUUACUUCAUUUCCUUGUUCCUUUAUCUCUCACUGGCAAUUCGGGUUAACUUUUUCAGAGGAUUUAAGUUUUCUUUGACAUGGUGGGCAUAUACAUUCCCAAUGACUAGUGCUGCCAUUGCAACCAUCAGGUACUCAAAUGAGGUCACAAAUGUGGUAACACAAACUCUGGCUGUCAUACUCUCUCUCACCGCCACGAUCAUAGUCACCAUUCUUCUCAUAACAACCAUCUUGCAUUGUUUUGUGAUCCAAGACCUCUUCCCCAAUGACAUUGCAAUUGCCAUCAGUGACAGAAAGUUAAAACCAAACAGGACAUGGUUCCAAUUUAGACACGGAAGCUCGGACUCAAAGGACAUCGAAAAACUUUUGAAGUCAGCAACAAGUUCAGCAACCAAAGAUUUAGAGGCCACCUAGCUCUGAGAUUUUGAGUAACAAGACGUAUAUGAUGUUAUGCCACGACUCGAACAUGGGAGGAACAUAGGUUUAAAUUUUCAUAGUUCCAGUGAGCAUGUGUAGAGUGAAACAUCAUAUCUUGUGUGGUACAUUAAGAGUGCAUUGUGAGAGAAGGGUGCUGGUAAUAUUGUGUGUUAUACUAGUUAGAUUUCCGGAACCGCUUGAAGAAAUAAACCGA